ACAUCAGGUGAUACCCGCCUGCCCGCCAGCCUCUGCCACAUGCGGUGCCGUCUGUCCUGACCUUUAGAGUCUACACCUCACCUCUCUUUCACUGACAGCUGCGUCUUCAUCCGUAUUACAUGAGAGUAACCACAAAUACAUCCUUUUCGCACCUUUCCUGGGACACAAACAGCACCAGCUCCUAAGCCCUGUCAUCUCCCGUGUUUCCCAGGACCCAGGACCAUUAGGACAUUGCCUUCUGAUAAGUAUUUUUUCAAAAAUCAAAGACACCUAAUUAUAAGGUCACACCCCUGGAAGUGUUUUAAUUUCCCUUAUAAUGAAUUGGGGCGGUGUUACACUUUUUGAGGCACAGUCUCUUGAGCCCAAGAAUUUUUUUGAGACACAGUCUCUAUAGCCAGAAACAAACCUGAAGUGGUGGUCCCCCUGCCUCUGGCUCUCCAGUGUUGGGAUAACAGAAGCGUGAAGACAUCCUGACAGCUUACAGGAAAGUACGGGUUAGAGAAAGCAGAGUGUCUCAGUCAAGCUCACAAAACCAUCUCAAGGCUAAGGCACCUGCCCAGUCUCCCCGGCUGCUGCCUACAACCUUGUGUCGUCUGGUUGUCCCUUUGCCAUCUGGUAUGGACUCCCCAAGGUACCCAGAGGAAACCGUACUCGUAACGGGAGGAGGCGGAUAUUUUGGCUUCCGCCUCGGCUGUGCUCUGAACCAGAGAGGACUCCGUGUGGUUCUGUUUGACAUCAGCCAACCUGCCCAGAACCUCCCAGAGGGAAUCAUGUUCGUCCGUGGAGACAUCCGCUGCCUCUCAGACGUGGAGACAGUCUUCCAGGACAAUGACAUUGCGUGUGUGUUUCACAUCGCCUCUUACGGGAUGUCUGGGAGGGAGCAACUGAACAGAACCCUGAUUGAAGAGGUCAAUGUGGGUGGCACCAACAACAUCCUCCAGGCCUGCCUGGAGAGAGGAGUGCCCCGGUUAGUUUACACAAGCACAUCCAACGUCAUCUUCGGAGGUCAGGUCAUCAGAAAUGGGGAUGAAUCUCUGCCUUACCUGCCUCUUCAUCUGCACCCAGAUCACUACUCCCGAACCAAAUCCAUUGCAGAGAAGAAGGUUCUGGAAGCCAAUGGCUUGGCCUUCAAGCAAGGCAAUGGUGUCCUGAGAACCUGUGCACUAAGGCCAGCCGGCAUCUAUGGGACCGGAGAGCAAAGGCACCUCCCCAGGAUAGUGAGUUACAUUGAGAGGGGCCUGUUCAGAUUUGUGUACGGGGAUCCCGAUAACCUGGUUGAGUUUGUUCACGUGGAUAACCUGGUGCAAGCUCACAUCCUGGCCUCCGAGGCUCUGAGAGCUGAUAAGGGCCAUGUUGCCUCUGGGCAGCCCUACUUCAUCUCAGACGGUAGACCUGUGAAUAACUUUGAAUUUUUUCGGCCCCUGGUUGAGGGCCUAGGCUACACAUUCCCAUCCACCCGCCUGCCCCUCACCCUCAUCUACGGCUUCGCUUUCCUAAUAGAGAUGGCCCACUUCGUUCUGGGCAGGUUCUACAAUUUCCAGCCUUUCCUCACCCGCACAGAAGUUUAUAAAACUGGUGUCACCCAUUACUUCAGCUUGGAGAAAGCCAAGAAAGAGCUAGGCUAUGAGCCUCAGGCGUUUGACCUGCAGGAGGUGGUAGAGUGGUUUAAAGACCGCGGUCACAGUAGAAGGUCUGGAGGUCAAGACUCAGAGUUCAUUCUGUGGGAUGGAAUUCUGGUCCUACUCUUGGCUCUCUCCCUUCUUACCUGGCUCCCUCCUUCCACGGUUCUGUCAGUGUGAAAAGAAGGCUACACGCAGGAGCUGAGCCUACUCUCUGGGGUGGUUUUCAAGGAUGCAGGUUUUUUUUUUUAAGAUGUUUUGCAUCAUUUGGUACCACUCCUGGGUCUUCAAACUACUCCUUAACAAUGAGUCUUUAAACCCCAUGGCCAGGGAUGGGUUACCUCCUUAUGAGCUGUUGGUCAGGGAUGCCCCUAACAUUUCCAAAACAAUGUUGACUGUUGCCAAUGCUCCCGGCUGACCACCAGCACUAGAUCGUAAGGCCCUAUUACAGAAGGCACCACACACCUUAACUGCAGCACAAGCUGGAAGAGCUUGCUAGAUUUCAUAGUGCCAGAAGGUUCUGUGCAGACUGCUAGAGGAGAGCAGUAGCUCGCUGUAGACCGUGCCUACUGCAAUACCAAUGACAGGCAGUGUAUAACCUUUGGUGCAAUAGUGGCAUUCCAUUAGGGGACUAACCAACUACUUCCUAAUUGGAUCGGAGACCUUCUUCACAGGGGGGACAGGGUGCUCCUGGUGCUGUAAUCCUGUCCAGAAGUUAAUAAAUAAGUCAUAACCAA